AUGGCACUUGCAACAAUGCUGCCGCUAUUGCUAUUGCCAUUGCUCCUCACGCUUCACCCAUCCGUUCGUUCUCUUACCGCCACAAAAAAUAACGCUUCUUCUUCUUCUGCUUCUUUUUCUGCUUUUCAUGGCCAGCCUGCUCGUGCACUCAACAUGGAAUUGCUUUGCGGGCGAUCAGUUGCGGUCUGUCGCCUGCCAGCCCUCUACAAAAUGUGCUUUUUCGCUUCCUCUCCAAUGCACCCAGCUCUCGCUCCUCUCACCGUCUUCUGCACACGCCAGCCCGCUUUGGGCCAUUGGCUGGCGGCCUCUGCGACUAAUGCCUCCAAUGUACCGUUCCCUCACCGCGUAAUGGCGACGCCAGCAGCCCGCCGCCUGCCUACAAGCCGUGCCGCGAGCCAUGUUGACAAGAGCCCGCCGCGCCCAACAAGCCAUGUCGCUACAGAGGCGUUAGUUCCGCGACAAUGGCUACCUGAAGUCGCCCAUCAAGUCGGAAAGAUCGGCGUGCGAUUACGCAUGUUGGACAGCAGAGUUCCAAUUGGGAGACACCAAGUGUUUCCUGUCACGGCAGCCAACCCCAAUCUGGCCUACCCCACGCCAGCCCUAAGGAUCCCAUCGCUACAGGAAAACCUAGGCUCGAGCCAGAUGAUCGGCCGAACCACGUCCACGUCUGCUCUGCCAUUCGCUUCUGGCCCGCCCUGCGCGCCACUGCCAAAGGGCUGCCUGGCCCGACCAGCAAAUGGUACUCGCUGCGGAAAUUAUCCCCCUGCCCUCUGCCCUGCCCUGCCCUGCCCUGCCUCCACGCUCGACCGUCGCACACUUGCAUCCCCAUGCCCGCCCGCGGCUGCUAAGAAUGGUAUGCGAAAAUACUUCCAGAAACACGCUACAAUCUAUUGA